AUGGUCGUUUCAAAAGAUUUAUAAAAAUAUCUAGACAACAAUUAGUCGAUGUAAAAUUAAUAGAAAAUCUAAAAUCUAAAAAAGAAGCUUUUAUAAUAUGAAAAAUUCCUUAAUCAAGACUUUGAAGAUUUAAUAAAUAAAUCAUAAGAUAUUUCAUUAUUUGAGAAGGCUAGCAUGGCUGAAUAAGAGAUUUCACAUAUAACUAAUAAUUAAUGUAAAUAUAAUUAUUUAAAGAAAUUAGAAUUACCAACUCCAAUCAAACCAAUUCAUGUAGAAGAAUAUGUUCCAUUAAACUAUCCUAAAAUAAUUUAGUUAUUUACAAAAUCUAAUAAUUAUUAGCAUGUAGCAAAUGUUUUAUAGGCUUUGAGAUGGAGAAUUACUAGAGCCAAAAAUGCUCUAUAGAGAAGAUAAGUGGUUGUUGCUUAUGCAACUCAUGAUAUAAUAGGAACUCACUCAAAAAAUAUAUUAUUAGCUUAAUAUUUAAUUUUAAAAUCUCACAAUUUAAUUUAAUGUUAAACUUUAAAAUUACUAAAUGCUUUAGCUUCAGAUUAUCAUGGUAGAUCCUAUUUAACUUUAAAUCCAACAUUAAUUAAAUUUCUGGUGGAUCUUAUUAAAAAAGAAUAAUCUGAUAGUCUUAUAAGAAAAAAUGCUAUCGGAGCUCUCUAAAAAAUGUCUUUAAGAAAACAAAGUUAAACAUUUAUGCUUGAAAAUAACAUAAUUUAUCAUACAUUGAUAAUUUUAAAGAAUGUAAAAUAGAAUACUAUAUUAGGAAUAAAAUAAUCUAAGUGAAUAUACUUAUGAAUAUAUUACUGCUCUUAUUAUGAAUUUAUCAUUAAGUACUAGAGGAAAGGAUGAAUUAAUUCAGCAUAAAGAAUUAGCAUUUGAAGUCUUAUAUGAUCUUAUUGAAUAUCCAAAUGAUUAAAUAAGAACUUUCACUAAUGGCACAUUUUAUUCAUUGUUCAGCAGAAAAACAAUUAGAGAUUAUGCUUAUAGUCUAGGAAUACCAUAAGAAUUACCAAGAUUAUUAGAAAAUUCGGAUGAAAAGUUCAAAAAAUAGAUUCAAUAUAUGAUUGCUUAGUUAUAAGCUGACGAAGAUGAUUAUGAUUAAUCAUAAAUGGAAGAAGAAAAUGAUGUUGAUGAUAUUGAAGAAGAAGAAGAAGAAUGUAUUGGAGACGAUGAUGAAGAAGAUGAACUAAAUAUUUAAGAUAAUAUAAUAGGAGAAGAAUUAUUAUCAAAAGAUUUUGAAUUAGUUGGAGAUGAAGCUGAAAAUCAAAAAUUAGUUAUGGAUUCUAUCAUUUUAAAAGAAGUCUAAUAAAGAAAUGCAUAAUAAGAAUAAAUUAGAGAAUCUCAAUUAGAGAAAAUGCCUGUUGGAUGUAAUUCUUUUUUCAUUAUUUUUUAGAAAUUCCUUUUUAUAAUGAUACUAAUGAUAAAAAAUCUUAUUAAAAAGUGCAAUAGUUUCAUAAUCAAUAAAAGCAAUUAAUUCAAGGAUAAGGACAAUAAAACAUUAAUUAUAAUGAUCUAUAAGAAUUUGCUCCUAAACCAAAAAUUCCUAGAACCCCUCCUGGGGCCUCAAAAAAAUGA